UGACGGGAGGUGGCGGCAUGGUCUUGUUCCGGCAUCACUUUAUAAAUACUGGUGUUAAAAUAAAGUUUACUCCUCCUUAUUUAAUGUUCCCUGCCAGCCAAUGUUUACUACAGAGAAUAAUGACGGAGUACGUCUCUCCCUCAGACCUUUCAUGACGGCAGUUUUAAGGUUGCACAAAGAUGGCUUGGUGGCAGCAGGUGUUGGCUGUGGAUGCCAAGUUUAACAACCAUCGUGCUCCGGCUGCCCCUGGUUUCAAGACUGUCUAUAUCCGUCGUCGUAGCCAGUUGCUGAGGGACAGUGCUCGGGAGGAGGAUAGUGGUGCUGUGCGUAAUUAUCUGAGGGUGAGACUAGCAUUGUUACAGCAGCGUUAUUGUGUAACGUUGGACCAACUCAGCCUCAAGAGUAGGCCAGCAAGUCUUCGCUCAGCUUCACGGCUCACUGUAGAGGGUGAUUCACCACGUUGUAUGAGUCGGAGUAUGAGUAUGUCGCAGACGGGCAGCCAGGGCAUCGAGGGGCCGCAGGGACCACCAACAGCUGGCUCCGUCGUGCCCACACAGCGAGCUGAGGCUUCUAAGGCUAUAGUGGGUGGUACUUCAAUCGGGGAGAAUUAUGCCUUCUCUGGAGUGCACCACAUAUUUGAUCAACAUGCAGACAGUGUUACAAUGGUGAAAUUUGCUCACAAUGAUCAGGGUCUACUUGCAUGCUCUUCCCUAGAUGGAACUCUGUCAGUGUGUCAGGUCGCUGAAGGAGAACCUCGGGUGCUCCACACUCUCCGUCACCACACUGCUGGUGUAACAGGGUUUGACUGGUCGUCCACAAAUGACCUCUUGCUGUCUUGUGGGGAGGACGGAGCCAUCUGCCUGUGGAGCUCAACAACAGGCCAUUGCCUUCGUACAGUUAGUGAUCAAGUGGGAGGGCAGGUCCUCUCUUGUCUCUUCCAUCCACUCAACUCCAACUGGGCUGUUCUGGGCAACAGUCGAGGGCUGGUGCAGGUCCUGAACAUCUCCACCGGCCACUACCCUAAGGGAGGAACGAGCAAAGUCGCUGGUCAAGUCACGGCCUUAACCUUUGAUUCUUCUGGCAAGACACUAUGGGCUGGUGAUGAUAAGGGUAUAAUUAUCUCAUUCCUCUUCGACCUUGGAAGUGGAGGUCUGAGAAAAGGCAAGAGGUGUGUGGUGAACGAAGGGGCAGCUAUCACCAGCCUAUCAGCGCGCACCUGGGCUAGUCGUGAGGCGCCCAACCCAACGCUGCUUGUCAGUGCUGCCUGUAAUGCUCUACUCUUGUACAGAGUGGUGGACAAGGAAGGUGGUUUACGAUUGAAGCGGAAAUUUAACGUUGCUCAUGUGUACCAACCUGUUCGCUCGACCUUCUGCCCUCUCAUGUCCUUCAGGCAGGGAGCGUGUGUGGUGAGUGGCUGUGAGGAUUGCAGUGUUUGGUUCCUGGACGUUGAACGGGACACUCGGCCGCUCAUCAACCGCCUGCAGGGUCACGCGGCCCCAGUCUUGGGCGUCACCUUCAACUACGACGAGUCCCUGCUCGCUACUUCAGAUGCCACUGGUCUGGUUAUUGUGUGGAAGAGGCAGUAGAUUUACACCCUUGAAUGUACUGUAUGUUAACACUUUUAUGCCACCUGAUUGUUUAACUACAGGCAAGUAUGUUGAAUGAAGGAACCUUAUUUUGUGUAUAUAUUGAACUUUCAGAGUUUUUAUAAUAAAUUUUAAUAUUCCAGUUUUCAUAAAGGUCUUAUUUUGUUAUGUUUAAUAGAGUUUUGUUUAUAACGACGCUAAGGAGGAUAGGGAAGACCUCAUCUGACGUUCGUAUCCCACGUUUGUAUGAAGACAAGGUUAUGAAGCUGCUUCUUACGUAUUGCUACUGUCGGCAGAGUGUUCAGUUUUACCGUGUUCAGAGACAAUUUUAAUACAUAUAAAAACAUUCACAUUGGAGUAAUAGUUAAGUAGUUGUAUAUAGUAAUUAUAAUACAGCUCUUGUGGUAGUGAUAGGGAGUCACAAGACCUACCACAAGACCUACCACAUGACCUACCACAAGACCUACCA